AUGGCAUCAGCAUCUGUGCCAGCUUGGAAACGACUCGGUCUGAAACUCAAAUACGCUGACCAGGAUGCUCCAGUCAACAGUAAGCCCAGUGAUCUGGUCAAAACUGCUUUAGUUCGUGGGAAGGAGACUACAAGCUCGCCUCUAGAGGCUCGAAGAGAACCUUCACAGCCAUUGAAGAAAAAGCGAAAGACCGAAAAGCAUGUCGCCCCAACCACCCAAGGCCAAGAGUCUGAUAUACUUUUGGACCAGAAGUCAGCUUCAUCUGUAGCCCGUGACCAUAAAAACGGCUCAAGGGUGAAGAAGCAAGUCUCCUUCUCAUCCGAUACGAAGGCAUUAGAUUCGCCAAAACCUCAGAGUCCCGCAGAUAGUGCUGGCCUCCAAAAGCCAAAGUCAAAGCCAAAGUCCAAAAUCAAGUCAAAGUCAAAGGUUGCGAAGCAUCAGCCCGUACGGCAUCAGACUCACCCGGCUCUAGAGUAUCUAAACCAAUAUCACAGCGCACGAUCAUCAUGGAAGUUCAGCAAAAACCGAGAGACCUGGCUCCUGAAGCAUAUCUUUUCAGUGAACGACGUUCCUCGUACAUACGAGAUUCCUCUAGCCAGAUAUAUUCACGGCUUGCAGGGGGCAAAUGCACGACAGAGAUUGAGGUCUGAGAGCGAGAAGGAAUUGAACAACGAAACUAGUUCUACGAAUGGAGAGACUGGUACACAACGGGAUACGAAUAAAGAUGAAGAAUAUCAAAUGCGAUUCCUUCAAGAUCUGGAAGAAGACGAUGGAAAGAGCGCAGUGGAAAGCAUUGGCGAACAUGGCGAAUACACACGUUGGAUUCAACGACAACCUCGGGCGAAGCUCGUCCUCUUGGCUCUGGGUUCGCCUAUAGCAAGCACGACAACAAACCGACUGACCUCGUCUGCUUCGAACACCAAAGAGAAGAAGAGAAAGAACAGAACGAAUGUCAUCGAGUACGACAGCUCGAGCUCUAGUAGCAGUGACAGCGACAGCAAUAGCGACGAUGAUGACACCAGCAGCGAUGACACCAGCAGCGAGGAGGAUGAUACUAGCAGCAGCGGCGAAGAUUCAUCCGACGAUUAA